AUGGGGUGCAGGCCCUUGUGUGGGCGUUUGCUGAGCUGCCUCAAGAGAGGAGGUUUGUGGCGAAGCGUGCGGAGCGGCAAUUAUCCCGAUGACACGUGGGCGCUAAGCCCUCAGUGCUCAGCCCGACACGCGACCUCGUCGUCGGUCACCCUCAACUUUGCAGCAGCAUCCGCUACCACCUCAAACCCGGUUUCAUCCCUUCAUGACGCCUUUGUUUCUCGAUUCUCAGCUCAACUUCUCUCGAGUCCGCAUCGUGACAUCACCCACGUCCCGUACGGAGACUGGUUCGCACUUUACGUUCAAGCGCGCAAGCACUGGCACUCGCUUGAGUCGGCAUCUACUUGCGCCACGUCUGCCACCCGUGAGCAGAGAAAGAAGGAAGGGAAGCCAGAACAAACUGAGGCAUUCGAAGCACGUGAGCAACGUGCAAAGCAGGCCAUCGAUGCGCUGCUACUAAGUAGCGUGUUUGCACGUCACUGGACGGAGGUGCAACCAUCCACCACGUCGUCGUCAUCGCCGCUUUCGACAUAUCGCUGGUGGUGGCAUCGUAACUCUCUCUUCACCGCAGCCCCGGCAAAUGCUCAAGACGGUGAGGCCGUCUCGCCAUCCCUGGAGCUGUGCACGCCAGCCUUUUUGACGGAGCCGCUGCUGGGUGGCAAUCACCUGCGCCUAUGGAUGGAGGACAUUCGCGCCUCCUCUGGUACGACGGGUGUCAGCCGCUCAGCCCACGACGCUGCAGCGGCGCCGACGGUUAUUCUCCCAUUCUCUACCUUGUGGGUGGUGAAGCAGAGUGCGUACUGGCGGCCAUCCGCGGCACCUGAAGCCGGUGUUGGUGAAAGCAGUGGUGCGGCCAGCAGCAGUCAUGAAACACCCACUUUUACCCUUCAAGAGCGACAGGCCCGCCAAGCACUUCUGCAGUCGGUGGACCAGCUGCUUCAACUGCAGCGCGAUACGGUAGAACAUCGCAAGGGGACAUCGGGGCUUCCUGUGGAUCAGCUGCAACACGUGUGUGUCCUCUCGCCUACCCAAGAGUGGGACCUCUUGUGCUGUCUCCCUCGCUACCGGCAGGCGCUGUACAAUCCAGCUCGCGCAGCGUCACCCAAAAGCACGAUUGUAUCGGAGCACUCGGCAGCGGCAUGUGUAUCGUCACCUCGGUGGCUAUCACUGAGCUGCUUGUGUGAAGACACCACCGCGCGACUCGCCUACUGUACGCGCGUGUUGAAUUGGCGGUGGCAGCUGAAGUCAAGCACGAACGCAGCAACGACCAAGACCACCCCUGUCACCAUCCGGGUCCUCUCGCCUUCGACUGAGCACGCCCACCUCCGCAGUCUUUCUCUCUUCUCGCUGCACGAGCAGUCAUGCAUGAAAGCCUCACUUCAGCGGCGACACGCUGCUCGGCGGCAGUCCUCAUCUGCGGCCUCUGGGGAAUCCUUGGGAACGACAGUUCACGAGCAGGCGCGCAAAGGCUGCAGCGACGCGGCGCGGCGGAUGUCGCAUCGAGAAGAGAACAUCCGUCAGUCCUUCUCGGCCCGCUGA